UGAAGUCACGCUCCUCGACUACUGUUUAAGUGAAGUACUCUACGAGUUACGCAGUAAGAUUCCAAACAGACCUGGUAACAGAAUGGCAUCAUAUUUCGGCGCUACAGUAUUGAUGGUCCUGGUUAUUCAUAGCGUGAAAAAUGAUUGCGACGCGACGUCCAACGGACUUGAUACGUGGUUCACGGACGAUGCAACCGAUCCGUGGUUUUCUGACGAAGUCGCCGAAUCCUACGGUCGUUAUGCCGCGAAACUACUACUGAGCACGCUUCAAGUAAAACACGCCAUGACGCUUGACGAGAAAGAUACAGCUGGUCAUAAACAUGGCGUGAUUCGUAUUAACCAAGGGAAUCUAACCGGCUUCGAAGACGCGCAAUUCAGCGUGCUUCGCUCAGAAGUGCAUGACGGCGUGCAUGACGCAGAGAUAAGCAUCCUCUUCCCCACCCUGAACGGUGUGACGACGUUGGAGGGCCGCAUAAAAGACAUAGUGCUGUCACCACCAGUGAUUGUCAAUAUGUUUCAGGCGAACAGCACCUUCGACAUCUCCUUUCGGGCUCUCAAGGGGGUCCUGGUGGUGUUGUCUGCAAAAUACACAGGCGGUGCGACACCAUUGGUGUCGUCGGACGACUGGAGAUAUUCCACAAUUAAUGUAGUAACGAAUGACGUGGAUUUGGCGUUUCUUGACAACCUCCAACACAGUGUUCCGGCUCAAAUGAAAGAUGCGCUGAACAACAUGCAUAUACUUGACCUUGGUAUGUUCUACCUUCAGAGGCGCAGCGAACUACUUGACAGCAUUAUGUAUGAUUACGAAUCAUUAGUUGAGGAGUUUACCAAGUCUGUCAACAUGCUAACGAGAGACGAAUUGUAAAUGCACUGCGGGAAAUAAAACUCUAUUAAGUUC